CCUGCCAUGUUUAUUCAUGCCGGCAAGAUGGCGGCGAUACGGACGAGCUGUUAUUACCAGUGGACGUGAAAAGGCAUUUUAUUCAAAUUAUAAAAACCCAGACAAAUACGUUUAGACACCUGGCCGCGCCGUGUGUGUAUCUGCCGCGGAACGACCGUCGACGUAUUUUUUAUUUUACGCGUUUCACGGUGUUUUUCUCACAAAAUGUUCACGCUGUAAGUCUCCUGCUAACCGAGCAGCUGGCUAACAGGGAGCAGCGAUUAGCCGCUAGCCAGCUAUCUAUCACAGCCAAGCCGCCGUGGAGUGUAGGAUGGGAGAAAAGCUGGAGCUCAAGCUCAAAUCGCCGGUUGGAGCAGAACCUGCUGGCUAUCCGUGGCCAUUACCAGUAUACGAUAAACAUCAUGAUGCUGCUCAUGAAAUCAUCGAGACCAUUCGGUGGGUGUGUGAGGAAAUUCCAGACCUCAAACUGGCAAUGGAAAACUACGUACUCAUUGACUACGACACCAAGAGCUUUGAGAGUAUGCAGAGACUUUGUGACAAAUACAACAGGGCCAUAGACAGCAUCCACCAGCUGUGGAAAGGGACCACCCAGCCCAUGAAGCUAAACAAGCGUCCUUCCAAUGGGCUGCUGAGACAUAUCCUACAGCAGGUGUACAACCACUCAGUGACUGACCCAGAGAAGCUAAACAACUACGAGCCCUUCUCCCCUGAGGUUUAUGGGGAAACCUCCUUCGACCUGGUAGCUCAGAUCAUUGAUGAGAUGGAAAUGAUGGAAGAGGACACCUUUGUUGACCUUGGCAGUGGGGUGGGGCAGGUGGUGCUACAGGUCGCAGCAGCAACCAACUGUAAACACUACUACGGUGUGGAGAAGGCAGACAUUCCAGCUACCUAUGCAGAGACCAUGGAUAAAGAGUUUAAAAAAUGGAUGAAAUGGUAUGGGAAGAAACAUGGGGAGUACACACUGGAGAGAGGUGAUUUUCUGUCUGAAGAAUGGAAAGAAAGGAUCGCCAACACAAGUAUUAUUUUUGUGAAUAACUUUGCCUUUGGCCCAGAGGUAGAUCACCAGCUGAAGGAGCGCUUUGCUAACAUGAAGGAAGGGGGGAAGAUUGUCUCCUCCAAACCUUUUGCACCUUUAAAUUUUAGAAUCAACAGUCGAAACUUGAGUGACAUUGGCACAAUAAUGCGUGUGGUGGAGCUUUCUCCACUGAGGGGCUCUGUGUCCUGGACUGGGAAACCAGUUUCCUACUACCUUCAUACCAUAGACCGCACCAUACUUGAAAACUAUUUUGCUAGUCUCAAAAAUCCUAAACUCAGGGAGGAGCAAGAGGCAGCUAGGCGACGUCAGCAGAAGGAUACAAAGGACAGUAAAAGCAAUAGCACCACACCCACAAAAGCUAAAGAACAACCCAAGCAGGACUCCUGUGGUGAGGAGGAGCGUCCCAGCUUGGUGACAGUGGUCAAGCCCUCUGCCAAACCCAGAAGAACCCGACUCUUGUCCAAAGGUCGCAAGCUGAACAAUAAGAAACGUGGUCGGCCCAAGAAAGCCACCCCAGCUGCUGAGAAGAAAAACAAGAAGAACCAGAGCGCGUUGGAUUUGCUGCACGCCAAGACCCUUUCUGCAGCACCCCCUCAGGAUGCAUACCGACCACCUCAGAGUCACUUCUACCAGCUACCUCCCAAGGUCCAGCACUAUCCCGCUAGUCAACUGCUGCUGAGCCCAACUCCUCCUGGUCUGCAAAAACUGCUAGAUAACAUCAAAGUUCAAUACCUCCAGUUUAUGGCCUACAUGAAGACUCCUCAGUACCGCUCCAACCUGCAGCAACUCUUAGAGCAGGAGAAGCAAAAACACAGGGACCUGUCAGGGCAGGCGGAGCAGCUCCAUUCGGUCUGUCAGUCUCACAAGGACAAGAUCAAAGGUCUCUUUCAGACCAAACUGGAUGAGCUCGGAGUAAAAGCCCUGACUGUGGAGGACCUCCUUCAGGCCCAGAAAGAGAUAUCAGCCCACAAUCGUCAGCUCAAAGAGCAGACAGAUCAGCUCGAGAGAGAUAUGGACUUGCUUAGAGACCACAGCCUGUUACUGCUGAAGUCUCGAUGUGAGGAGCUGAAGCUUGAUUGGGGCUCUCUGUGUCUGGAGAAUUUGCUGAAGGAGAAGCAGGCUCUACGCAGACAGAUCUCUGAGAAACAGAGGCACUGCUUGGAGUUGCAGAUCAGCAUUGUGGAGCUUGAGAAAAGCCAAAGGCAGCAGGAGCUGCUUCAACUUAAAUCCUACAGCCCCUGUGACGGCUCUCCGUAUAGAAAGAGCCUGGAUUCGCGCUCUUCCGCCGACAUGGACUCCUCUAAGCAUGGCCUGUCUUCAGCCCCAGCUCUCAAUGGCGUCAGCCCGGAGCUUUCCAUCAACGGCACCAGCUCCCCCUGUUUUGACCGGGCGAACACGAAGAACGAGCUUCUUUCUCGCUACCUGCCCAUCUCUCCAGACCACGAGAUUGUUCCCGCCAGCACCGAUGUACGACAGAGGCAACAGUUCUCCUCCCACACCCUUCCUGACUACACGCGCUUCUCCCCCGCCAAGAUUGCCUUGCGGAGACACCUUAACCAGGAUCCCUCUGCUCACUUGCGAGGGCCCGGGCUGACCACACACAGGGAACUGGGUGGCGUUAACUCUCCACUCGGAGUCAAACAGAACUGUCCAUCUCCCAAUGCGUCUGAUACUCAGAAUAAUGCGAAAACCUUCGAAAGGGGCAGCAAGGAGAGGAGCCCAGCGGUUCAGGGUGACAACAGCAUUAAAAGCCUUCCGAUUAGUAUCCCUCUGAGUACUGUUCACCCAAGUAAAUUGCCUGUCAGCAUCCCACUGGCCAGCGUGGUGCUACCCAGCCGUGCUGAAAGACUGAGAAGUACUCCAAGUCCCGUGUCUCAGACAGGUCAGACCAAUGGAUAUUCAUCCAGUUCAGGGCUGAUGAAUGGAGGUCCCCAUCCCGAGGACCAUAAUGGUGCUUCUUCAUCACCCCCGCACAGCAACACUCCUGUGACCGGACCAAUGGGCAGAGGAGGUCCCACACAGAGCCCCCCACUCGGCACUGGCGGGGUGCUCCAGUAUGCCGACGGACCCCCGAGGAUUCUUCCAGAAGAUGGACCAGACCGCCAGGGGGGCGAGUCCGACGCCGAACAUCAGGACAGCGAACUGCGGAGGAGAAUCUUCUUCUCUUCUUCCUCCUCUUCGUCCUCGUCUUCCUCUUCGUCAGGCAGCGGAGGCAGCGUAGCCGGAGGAUCACGCCUCCACCAUCACACUGGCAACUCAGCCAAGCAGGGAUACCACAGUAACCAUGGAAACCACCACCACCAGUCCCCCAGCUCACAGCACACUCACACGCCCACACACACGUCAUCUUCACACAACCUUGGCUCGCAAGAGGGACGCAAGCGGGGGAGAAGGAAACGCAGCUCUACAGGUUCCGCCAUGGCCAGCGGCUCCCCAAAGAGGAGGUCAUUCCCUGGGAUCAGCUCUAACAACCACUCCUCAGGCUCCCCACUCAACAUCAACUCCAUGGUAAACAACAUCAACCAGCCUCUGGAGAUCUCGGCCAUCUCCUCCCCAGAACAAUCAAGCUGGAGCCCCAGUGGUGCUGACCUCGACCAGCCUCCCAUCUUGAAGAGAGAGCGCCCCCUGGAGCUCAACGGCACAGGUCGAUACUCCACGGCCCCCAGCUCUGAUGAUGAGGACUCAGGAUAUCCUGCUGACAGCUCCAGUUCUCGAAUUGAAAGAAAAAUAGCCACUAUAUCCCUGGAGAGCAGAGACGGACCUGGUAGAUUAGGCGAUGGUGAGCGAGGGAGAAAAUCUGGUAACAGCAGUGGCAACAGCACAGGCAGUGAAGCUUCAUCAUCUUCAUCCUUGUCUUCUACCAGCAAGUGGAAAUCCACCUUCUCACCCAUUUCUGAUCCCAAGCAACCCAACUCCGACCUGAGACAGGGCGGCUCUCCAUUCAGCAUGGGAGGGUCCAGCCGGGGCACGGACUCCGAUUCCGAACACAAACAGCAGCCGAGGAAAGGCAGCGACGGGGAGUCGUCCACCUACAUGACCCCCAACCCUUUCCUCAGUCAGGAGGCAGGGACUCGGGGUGGAGGCAGCGGCGCCGGCGGUGUCCAGGGUGGCAGUGGUUCAGACCAACGCCAGAAGCAGAAGGCUUCUCGUGACUGGGAGCUGAAGACCAGCAACAGCCUGGCCAGUCAGAACCUCUUCAUUUCUGCCGCCGCCAGCAACGGCGGAGGCAUCAUGAACGGAAAGGUGGGAGGCAGUCCUGUAGCAGUUUCCUCAACCACAGGGUCGUCUGUGGGACAGUACCUGGGUUCUCAGUUCCCACUUGGAGGGACCUCAGUCUUGCAGUCCUUAUUCGGGGCCCAGACAGGUGGAGCCACGGUGACUGGUGCCCCUCGGCUGGUCAACGGACACUCAGCCCUGGGAGGCUUCUCCAGUGCCGGUCUGGCAGGGGGAGCAGCUGGAGGUAUAUUUCACCACGUGGUUCCCUCAGUGUCUUCCCAUCAGUUUGGGGCGACGCUGCCCGCCCCUGGAGGCCUCGGCUCUCGGCUCAGUCUCUCCUCCUCUUCCACUUCCUCCCCUCAAACCCAGCAACUCACCACUCCCCAACCAGCCUCCACGCGCCUGGCCUCCGUGUCCUCCCCCCUCCCCCUCUCGCUGUCCCAGGCCCAGCACGGCCGCACCCAGUCGGUCCUGCACAGCCCCUCUCCUCCCACGCUCUCCCUGCCUCCUCCACCACCCCUGCACAGCGUCCCCUCCUCCUCCUCCUCCUCCUCCUCCUCCUCCUCCUCAGCACCCACACACUCAGAUGCCCCAGCAUCUUCUCGAUCAGACCCCCUCCACUCCUCGCGUCUGUCCCACUCCUCCCUCCAUCACCAGAGAGCGCAGUCAUCCCUCUCUCUCUCUGUGUCCUCCUCCACAGCUUCUAUGUCUACUGCUGCUGCUUCUGCCUCCCUGUCCUCCUCCUCCUCCUCCUCCUCCUCCUCCUCCUCCUCUCUGUCCACCUCCUCGUCUCGUCCAUACGCAGUGCAUUACUCCCCUCGGCUGCCCCCUCCACCACCGGCGAGCGGUUCAGGUGGUGGCGGGAGCAUGUGGAGGACUCAGGGCAUGCAUGGCACCUACACCACCUCCCAGCUCCCUGGCUCCCGACCUAGAUAGGGUUUGGGUGUGAGGGGGAAAGUUGGAGGAUGGAGAGGGUAAGGGCGGAGGGCAAUCAGAGGGUGGAUAGAGGGAGAGAAUGAGAGAGAGGCUGUUAGGGAGUGAGAGGGACAGGGUUUUUCCUGUGCUCCCACUGGCUGUUGUUGUGACUGAACAAGGUAAUUGAUGAGAACUACCUCAACACUGAAUAAACUAUGCAAAUGUCCAGGUGUGGACCAAGGCACUCUCCUCAUUCACUGGUGCUUCAAACCGUCUGCACUACCCAACCGCCUCCAAGACCGGCUUCUGUUCUGGGAUCGUUAACACACACAUACACGCGCACACACACACGCACACACACACACACACACUAACCACCACUAUGGUCACCUUGAGCAGACUUCAUGAGUACUGGUUGUGUUUAUGUAAGGUGUUAUUAAAACUCCAGUUUAAAGAUUUUACUAUUUGGCUGUUGUCCAGCUCUGAAUGAAUUUGCAAUGACUGGUUUAACUUUAGGGUGCUCUAUGAUAUAAUAGUACAGUGUGUCGUUUCUUAGCGGUUUAAUUUAUCAUUUGACAGACUGAAGCACACAGGCCACCUUUUCAGAAUUCCGCCUCACUUCCCUCACGCACACACACACACACACACAGGCACAGCCAGUUCAUUGAACUCUGCUCAGAUGUCAUGCAGCUUCGCCUCUCUGCAUGCAUGUUUUCUUAUCUCCGUUUCCUUUCCUCUGUGAAAUUCAGUAUUUUUGUUUCAACAUAAUUUGACUCUCCGAUGAGCGACUUAAAGGCUAACUUCACACUGGACAGAAAGAUACAGUUUCUCAUGUAGCAGAAGAUGUACGAGUUCUGGCCAGUGAGGUGACACCCCUGUUUUGUUCAAGAUUUGCGAUGAAAACUCGUUCAAGUCAAGUUACUGUUACAACUCAAACCUAAGUCACAUUUGAUCUUAAGCUACUUUUAGCUCAACAUUUCUGCUUUUUUUUGCUACUAACUGGAGCAAAAACAAUUAAGUUCUCAGUUUGACCUAAUUCUUGACGUGUGCUCUGAUUAAGUGUUUGUCUGCUACUGUCGUAUAUUUAACAUAUCAGUGAAAGGCUAUUUACUUCAGAAAUGAAAUGAGAUUUGUGGUAUUUAGCGACUGUGAUUGGGCAUGUUUCACAAAUUGGUGAAGGAUGGAAUGACGUAUCAUUUUGGGAAUAAGGUGACCUAGCAUCAUCACAAGGGGUGCCAGUAAUGCUGAGCUGAGCUGAGUACAUUUUCAUUGUUUUUUUUUUUUUUUUAAAUAGAUACAUUUACUGAGAUGGUGCUCUGUGUAGACAUCGUUGCCACUCCCUCUAGUAGAGACGCCCUGUUGUCGUUCUCAGAGAGCUGUGGCUGCACUGUUAAAGUUAAGCUGAAUCAAGGUGUAAAGUAAUUCCAGUCAACAACAGACAUUUCAGCUCGUUUCUAUAUUUAUUUACGUUUUCUUCUUCUCUUUGGUAAAUCACACUACUAUUGGGGCCGCGGCAGAAAUAACAUGACAGCAACAUUUUUAAACUCUCCUUAAGCUAAAUGAAUUCUUAUUUAUCAUGAUGGGGGCAUGCAAGUUUAGACAAAUGUGUAUGUGAAGUUAUUCUGCGUUUACCUACCGCCAACACACACACACACACACACACACACACUCAUUCACACACUCAUUCACAGGCAUGCGUGCGAAUCCACCACACACUGGGAAAACGAUGAACCACAACCACAACAAACUACUGGACUCUCUUCACACCUUCAUGUUUGCUUUUUAAUUUGUUUUUGUAAACAAUGUUUGUACUGUGAAUGUGAUUCAUUCUCUGACUGUAUAGUUGUGGAUAAUUUAGAUGAUUAUAUUUAUGCUGUCAGUCUCUCCAUUUGCCUUGGUAUUUGUUUUUCACCUUUUUUUUUUUUUUUUAAUCCUGAAUUGUGUGGACGUUAUAGGAUGCAAUAGCGUGUGUACUUGACUCACAGUCUGAAAACAAUGGUGCUAAGUUUGGACUGUGCCUGAUCUUAUUUAUUCUAUAAUGAAAACAUCCAAAACAAACGGGAAAAAAAAAAAAAUACAAGCCGAAUACUUGGUGCUGUACACAGGGACAUUUGUAAGUUUGCCUUCUUUUUGGCAUUCCUUUUCUGAUAAUUUAAUAUGCUAAUGUCUCGUUCUUUGAAUGCCUAGUGUACAACUGUAGACACCACCUUUGGAUGAACGUGCUCCCCAACAGCUGCAUCAGAGCAGUUUUAAACUUACAUCAGGCCACUUUGCUCUCAAAAGUGAGCUUCCUGUCUGUUAGUGAACAAGACACACUGUUUUUGUACAUAACUUUUAAUUGUACAUCUCCAUUUUAAGCAGAAAGGUAUAUGAAAUAAGUAUCUAUAUACAGUCUAUACAUAUAUAUAUAUGUGUGUGUAUAUAUAUAUAUAUGGGUGAAGAGGGAUGUUUUGGUGCUGGCGUAGUGACCCUUAAUUUCAACCUGUUCAACAGGAGGCUUGAAGCCAAGCAGAGCAAAACAUUGCCACCACAGGACCUUAAUAGAUGACGCCUAAGAGCCCGGCGACACAACAGCACCCGAACACACACCAGAGUGUGUGCGUGUAACCCAGAGAGGUGCCGUGGCUCAGACACAGCUAGGUUCCAGCACUAGAACUGUUAUCACUUUUACCUGACCUUUGGUUUGUUUGUUUGUUUUGUUGUCGUCGUCGUUUGUUUUUUGUUGUUGUUUUUUUUUACCGACCAGGAUUCUGCAGGAAAAACAAAACGGUGCUUCUGUUUCUAAACAAUCAGAUUUUACAAACUAAAUCGUUACUGGUGCAUAAAGACCUACGUGUCAGCGUCUUUACACACACAUACACUGUCUGUCUUCGGAUGUCUCGCGGUCGAGGCCGUCCCUCGUCGUGUGAGCGUGUUGUGUAAUUGCUGGAGACGUGCUGAUGUGAAACACUUGUCUUGGUGCGUGUGAGUGAGUGCUUCCUUUUUUUUCUUCUGAUGGUGGGAAUACGCUCGGUCUGUGCUUUCCUCUCCACUUGGCAGUGCAUAUGUAAGGGAACAUUAGACUAAUAAUCAAAGCUUUAUAGUGGAACCUCCUGUCCUGUGCACUCUGUAAACAUAAAUGUGUUUCUCGCAAGUGUCGGAGUGAGAAGAAUUUUAGAGCCUAAUUAGAGACUAGUCCAUUCGUUACCAGCACUGAGAGGUAUUUUGUAAUUAUUGUUGAUGCUGUUUUGAUUUUCUUAUUCUUGGUGUUUGAUACAACUGCGGUUACAUGUUAAGCUUUUAAUUGUGUCCUCAGAUUCCUGUCAGUUUUUAAUACUACUAGUCAAGACAGACAGCACGGUGCUCUCCUUCACUUAAAACAAGGAAUUUGCAGCUAUUGAUAAAUACUACUCUUCUCCUGUUGUGCUGCAGGGUUUUAUGGUUUGAUGAUCUUCAACACGAGCUCGCCUGGUGGCUUUUCUCAUGGUCCGGUCUAACCGUUGGAACGUUUCUCUGAUCCAGAGGGGCCAAGUGGUGUAUGUGCAAGUAAGGGGGGGAGGGGGUUUGCGGAAGUACUCCUUUUCUACUCAUUACACCCAUUAAACAGGAGGUAGCUACUCGCGCGAGCCCUUUAGUGUAAGAAAUUUUGAAUUCCGAGCUUCUAUGCAGUUCUCCGGCACACUGCAUCCUGGUACAUUAUCGCUAGAUAAUCUGUGAGGCUGUUUACUAAUUCCUGCCAAAGGUCUUAACUCAGGAACUUCCCAAGAUUGCUUGAAAUGCUAACAAUUUUCUACAGACUACUGCAUGUCACGUUUAUGUCCCAUCUGGUGGCAUGGUGAAGUCCCUUUCCAACGCAACUCAGGACCAGGACCACCCCUCAGUGAACAUAUUCCAAGUUAACAGUAAAUAAAUAAAUAAAUAAAAUCCCCUUAGAGUCGCUCCUGCUGGCACAUACACCCUGCCUCCUCUGUGAAACUGAGCUUUAUGAGUCAGUCUGAUCUCGAGAAGCUGUGAUAUGGCUACGACUUUCAGCAACUUCCUCAUCUCACAAAUGCCUCCGUCAAGAUUUGUGUCUCUAAGAAGGAGGUCCGGCGUCCUUUGUCGGGAUCCCUCUCAUAACGCGAGGGGGGGAACUGGCUCUAAAGGGCGCGCGCGACCGACAGUAUGUGUACAGUGAUCUGAUUGAUGAAGCCAGGGCAGGUUUGAGGUGCAAUAAUGGCAAACCUACUUUCCAAAAGGCCCUGGGUUUUUCAUGGGGAAAAAAAAGAAAUAAAUAAAAAAUGUUACUGUUUGAUGUUGGUGCUUUUACCCUAAGAUGUUAUAAUGAAACAAAUUGAAUUCAUGUUUUUUUUUCUGCGUUUGAUUAUUAAUAAAAAUGUUUCCUAUAAUAUUGAAUUAAA